AUGAUGACCUCAAUUGCCAAGGGACAAGUUAACGAUGUGAUUAUUGAAAAUGGAAACUCAACGACCUCGAAGUCUCCAAAAACAGCACUAAAUUUACGGAGUGGGGAGGAAUUGUCAGCAAGAAUAGCCUCAAUCAGUUUGGAACAGAGUCACAGUGAUAUUGUGACGGAUACGAGUGUUGUUAACAUUAAGAACAGUGGGAGUGAGAAAUCAGUGUUUCAUGCUCAUAAUGAAGGCAUCACUGUAGCUAGUGUCAAGGGUAGCAUGAAGAAUACAGAGAACCACACACAAGAAAACUCUGCCGAGUCCCGCACAAGAAAGGGAAUAGUUUCUGCAUUUAUGACCAUGGAUAUUCCCUCUCCUUCAGAUUCGCCAGUUUCUCCACCUCCGUACAGAAGUUACACCACUAAUUUCAGAGAGAUUCUGACGACAAGAAGCAAACAAAAUGAGUUCAAAAAUGGAGUUGAUAAAGAUGUCGAAAACAAGUUCAAUCCUGUUAGCCAAACCUUGAGUUUACAAACGAAUGUGAGGCAAUUCAAAUUAUCCUCCACCGCCGCUGCUCAUUGUUAUUCACCGUUGUUGGUUCAUAGUCCAAUCGAAGAUGAACCUCAAAAGCGUCAAGUAGAUUUUUGGACAAACAGCGAAUAUGACCAUUUUUUUGGCAUCAAUAAUUUCAAAAGAGAGAUUGAGCUUGCAAAGGCAAUGAGAUUUGAAGAUAGCGUCGUGCCUGAUCUCACCACUGAGCGCAACAUUUACAUUAAUACCAAAAUCAUCAACUCUGACAAAGUGAUUGAUACGUACUUGAAAAGUGGCAGUGGCAAAAAGGAUUUGUACAUUGACUUGAUCUUGAAUAACAAUGGAUGUAACAUUUUGCUUCAGAUAAUGAAGUACUUUAAGAACCAUGAAUUGGAGUUGGAUUUGAUUAACUCAGUUUUCGUCAGAAUUCUGGCUUCAUAUGAGAACCAGGUUAAAAUUUUAUUCACUUUACUAGUUGAGAAUGACGCUUUUUACCAAAAGAUCAGAUCUUUGGGAUUAUUUGUUGGGUUACAUCAGUAUGGGAAUGGUUACGUUUUUGGAUCAGCUACGAGCUCAUCAAUCAAACUUCCAUAUUUGUUGGAAAAGUUGGUUGUUGCAAACGGGUUGAGCUUACCCGACUUUGCACUAUUGCCACCAUAUAUUCGAGAAAUAGGCUUGCAUAAUGUUGAUGGGGUAAAUUUUAGCAGGUUCAACUUGAACAAAUAUCUUAGGCACUUGUGUAUCAGCGGUGAAGAUGCACCGUCUGGUCAUCACUCUGACAAAUACCCAAAAGGGUUUUUGGACUUGGAAAGAUUGAACUUGGACGCAAAAUUCAUUGCCAAUUGCCAUUUCAAGAGGUUUUCACAUUUAUCCACAUUGAGUUUACUGAAUUUGACAUUUGCACAGACGAAAGCUCUCACAUUCCCUGUCUUGCUUCGUAAGUUGGAGUUGGUUGAUUGCUGCAUCAGCACGCAAGUUUCAAGCUUUCCCCACACAUUGAGAAUUUUGAGUGUUAUAAAUGGGAAAUGGAGUUCAAAGACAUGCAUCUUGAAGAGAUUGCAGAGGUUCAAGGUUGAUAAUUGUGAAGUGAAGGAUUUGCAUGAAAAGAUUGAGAGCUGCAAGUCGUUGCUCAGAUUGGAGGUUACAAACAGCUUCAUCAAUGUGGACAAAUUCAAGUUUCCACAUAGCUUGAAAGUACUUAAAUUGAUUGGCGUUGAUUUAAAAGGAAUCAAAGAUUCUGCUUUCCCUCCAUUGUUGGAAGUGGUGAAUUUGGAAGCAAACGGGGUUAACGCAAUUUUAUCCAGACUGAAACUACAAGCGAUAAGGAUUGCUUCAAAUAACUUGUCUGGAACAAUCACGUUCGAGGAGGUUCCAGCACAGGAUGUGAUACUUUCGGAUAAUCCUAAACUUGAGGAUAUUACAUUGAACCCACAAACAAGUUACCUUAACCUUUCAAACACUUCGGUUGUUUCCGUAACUGGGAAUGGAUUAACAAAACUUAUUCUCGACGGAUGUAAGAAGUUUAAAUGGCAAGAGUUCAAGGUGCCCCCUCAGCUAAUUCAAUUGAGCAUGCAGCAGUGUGACCUUGUUGAGUUUGAUAGUAAGGAAAUGAAUAGAAGCCUCAAAAUCCUCAGCCUUGCCAAUAAUAAUUUGACCAAGCUCAACUUGCGCAAUUUUGUCGAGCUAUGUGACAUUGAUGUUUCUUGCAAUAAACUUACCAUAUUGGAGGCUGGAUAUCUCCCAUUAUCCACAACUUCCAUAAAUGCAAGGAACAACCUCAUUACGGAAGUUGGUCUUUGCAUAUUGACUAAAUUGGAAUGGUUAAACGUUAGUGAGAACGAAUUUACACUGAUUUCGAGUCUUGGAGUCCCUAACGAGCUACAAACCUUGAUUGCAAAUGACAACGACUUUAAGGAUGUAGCCUCGGAUGCGUUUCAAAUACCUACCAAUUUACGUCAUUUGGAGUUGAACAGAUGCAAAAUCACACACUUCCACGUCAAGUUACCCCCCAGACUAAUGACAUGCAGCUUGAUUGAAAAUCAACUUCAAGUUUCCAACUUUACAUUGUCAUUUGAUUCCGCCGCUUCCAAUUUGAGAUUCCUUGAUUUGAGUAGUAAUUAUUUCAAAUCGUUUGAUUUUGAAAUGAUUUCUGGUGAUGGGAUUGAGUUGUCGGAGUUGAAUCUCGCUAAUAACAUGUUUGAGGAAGUGCCAAGUAUUCCAGGGAAUAUCUUGUCGGUGAUCUUGUUCAAAACAUGA